AACGAAGAUAGAUCGAAACGAACCCUGUAAAGAGAUCGGAGAAUGCUGCCAGAUGUUGGGAUCCUGAGCAAGGCUCUUCACCCUCAGUAGCUUCCAUUGUAUAUUGUCAUGAUUAGAGCUUGAGCUCUUAAGUUCGAAUCUCAGCAGUACUACUGACCUGACAGUAGUCCAACAGUCACACUUGGCCGUGGUUGACGGAGAAACAAUCAGAGAACUUGCAGUUAUUUAUAGCAGUGGUAGCUCAGAGUUUAUAGUACUAGACUUGUGAGCAGAAGAUUGCUGGGUAAAGCCCCACCACUGACAGAUGUUGAGACCCUGAGUAAGGCUCUUCACCCUCAAUUGCUUGCAUUGCAAAAGCUGCAGUCCUUUUUAUUUAAAGCAUGAAUAUCUAGCUUUUACUCUUUACCCUCCAAUUGUACGUAUUCAUACGCAGUCAAAACCUGAGGGUGUGAUAACUGAGAAGGACAGAAAACACCAAAAGGGACUUUGUGCUUCUGUAAAAGAGAUCAUACUCACCUGACGUGUGCAUGUAUAAGGUAUGGCAGCUUUUUACUCCAGGCUACUCGCUCUCCUCUGCUUCACGUCCUGCUGCCUGCUGCUCUUUUUUUUCCAGAAUAACAGUCUGCAAAAACCACAUACUGAUGCCAUUCCUUUUAAAGCUAUUUUCACCUGCAAGACCUGCAAGAAAAAUAGCAUUAUUAGCCAACUGUUAAAAACGUACUCUCCCAGAUGGAGAAGGGAUGAGACCAAUUUUACAAAGUUCAGGUCAUUGCUAAACAACAAGUGUAAUGCCAGUUCCAAGGCUGUAGUCACACAAGCUAAUACACCUCUGGGGUCAAAACUGGUGUAUGAUGGAGAGCCGAAAAGGUCCCUGGAAAUAAAACAAGAUCUAUUUAGCAGAUUUGUCAAGGAGUCGCCCUUUGGAGAUGCAACACAGAAGUCAUGUUCUGUGGUGGGAAAUGGAGGCAUUCUUCUCAAUAGCAGCUGUGGACAGAAAAUUGACUUCGCCCAUUUUGUGAUCAGGUGCAAUAUUCCACCAAUGGGGAGUGAACAUGAAAGAGAUGUGGGAUCGAAAACACACCUUGUUACAGCCAAUCCCAGCAUCUUCAGUCAAAAGUAUAAAAGCUUAGAGGAGCGACGGCGGCCGAUGGUGGAAAGCCUGCACGCCUAUGGAAACUCAUUGCUCUUGCUGCCUGCCUUCUCUUUUAGUUUUAAUACACCCUUGUGUCUGAGAGUCCAUUACACACUGGAGGACUUUAGUACAGCUGGUCCACAGGCCGUCUUUCUUAAUCCGGAUUAUGUAAGGUGUCUUUCAAGCUUUUGGAAGGAUCUGGGUCUCCGUGCACAUCGCCUUAGCUCGGGGCUCAUGAUGGUCAGUUUGGCUAUGGAGCUGUGCGAUACUGUUCACCUGUAUGGUUUCUGGCCAUUUGAACACCAUCCAGUUAAUCACCAGCAACUCACCAACCACUACUACGAUGACCGAAAAGUCUCAAGGGUGCACUCGAUGUCUACCGAGUUUGAGCUUUUAUUGAGAUUUCAUACCAAUGGUAUUGUCAAUCUGCAUCUAGGGGAGUGCCCAGUGUAGGCAGUAUAGGCAGGAUGUGAACCUGAUGGUUAUUCCACACAAAUGCAGAUUCGUCUCAUAUGCACACUUUGAUGACGUUUUACUGCAACCGCUCAAGCCAAACACUGAACAAAGCGACUGUUCAUGGUUAAUUUAGAAUUAAAUAAAUAUAUAUUUUUUAAAACAAACAUGUUGAACUUAAGGAAAGUGAGUUUAAGGGUAAAAAUUUCUCGACAAAGGACGUUGAGUUUCAAAGAUUUUGAGUUUAGGGGACGUUGAGUAACAAGGUACCACUGUAGUUUUAAAAUACUGGCUGCAUAAUAAAUUGAACUGCUAGCUACUAGGUAUGUAACGAUACACUCUACCCAUGAUGCAAUACAAUUUACGAUACUGCGUUCAUGAUAAAAAUGUUUUAAACAAAUUGAAGACAAAUUAUGACAAAGUUUUCUUUUAUUAUUUCUCAUAUAUACUGUAUUUGUGCUUAUCUUUUAUUUAUCUAAAUAACGAAUGCCCUUUUAUUUCUGAGAUAUGCCAAAUAAUGCUUAUUGUGUAAAAAAAACUUAAAUGAAAUUUUAAAACAAAUCCAAUAUUAUAUAAAUAAAUGAAUAAUAAAUAAAUAAUACAAACAAAGAAAGUAUCCUCACAUAAAUAAAUUUGACUGGAAAAUCCCCUACCUGGCAACUUUGUGAAGUGCCGUCAACCAGGCGAGGUGAAUAGCGCCAGUGCCCUCUGCUGUUCAAAGUGAAUAUCGAUUCAUCUUAAAUGAAUAACCGAUUCGAAUCGUGGCACGUGUGCACCGAUUUUUAACUGUCUUGCGGUGCAUCGUUACAUCCUCUGUUUUGCCCUUUAUCCCCAAACAUAUGGGAACAUCUGACUGCAACUUCUACAUCAUAUUCCAAACCAUUGGCUUUAAAAUGGAGUUGACAUUUUGAGGCUAGAACAGUCUUUACCUCUCUAGUAACAUUUUAAUUCAUUAUAAUUUUAAUCAAUAACAUCUUCAAUGUGUUUUGCAUUGUGAUGCAGUAUGUAUGUGUGUGUAUUUAGUAAACAUCUAGUUAGUUAUAGUUAACUAUAUAGUGAUAUUUCCUAUGUGUCCAUACUUUAGGGACACCCUGUAUUAUUCAUCUAUUACAGUUUAUGUUAAGGGUCUUUAUUGGGGUUGAGUUUAGGGUUCUGUGCAGGCCACUGGAGUUUCUUUACAGCAGAAUAAUAAAACAUAUAGCACAUACUGUUGGUUAUAUAAUGUAGCUCUGGUCAUGUUACUGUUAUGUAUAGUUCUAUAUUACUGCAUUUUUCUGCUUUUGUGUGUGUGUGUUUUAAUAAAGACUAAAGCC